CCAAGGUCGAGAUUUAGGAUAAAUUGAAGUGUGGAAAUCAACCACUUGGCAACAGGGGCGAUGCGACUCUCGAUUCCAGCGUCCCGGGAGCAUUUAUACAACGGGGGACGAUCCCCCAACAAGUCGGUCAACAUGGUACGCCAGCAUCGCUUCUCGACGCCGCGCUCAACCUCACAACCAUGCGGUGUUUACUGCUGCUCGCGGCCAUUGGCUUCGCUGCCGCAGAAGACGGCCUUAGUGGCUGGUUGCGGUAUGCCCGGAUCAAGGGAGCAAAUGGUUACCACAACAAGCUCCCCUCCGCCAUCGUCACCUUAAACGCAACCGAGGGAUCACCGGUCUACACGGCAGGCCAGGAACUCUCCGAUGGCAUCAGGGGCAUCUUCGGCAAGGAGCUGGAACUUGACACCGCCAGCACCCGCAAGACCCCGCGUGACACCACGGCUACCGUUGGAACCGUCACCGCAUACCUCGACAGCAACCCCGGCGCUGCAGACCGCCUUCCGGAGCUAGUCGACGAUGGUUUCUACCUCAGCGUUUCAAAGGGGAACGUCCUGAUCCUUGGCCAGAACGAGCGCGGUACCCUGUACGGCGCGUUCCACUACCUCUCUCUGCUCGCUCAGGGUAACGCCUCGGACUUCACCGUGACCUCCAACCCUGAUGCCCCAAUCCGCUGGGUGAACCAGUGGGACAACAUGCAAGACGGUGGCACCCACGGCAGCGUCGAGAGAGGGUAUGGCGGCGACUCCAUCUUCUUCUGGGAUGGCAAGAUCCGCGAUGACCUGACCCGGGCUGGCCAGUACGCCCGCCUGCUCGCCUCCAUCGGCCUCAACGCUGUGGUUGUCAACAACGUCAACGCGGACGCCAAAACCCUGACCCCGGAGAACAUGGACGGUCUGGCGCGGAUUGCGGAUGUGUUCCGACCGUAUGGUGUCCAGCUCGGCGUGUCGCUCAACUUCGCCGCCCCUGAAACCCUCGGCGGUCUGGACUCGUUCGACCCCCUGGACGAGACCGUUGCCAGCUGGUGGAAGGACAUCACGGACGAGCUCUACAAGAGAAUCCCCGAUAUGGCCGGCUAUCUCGUCAAGGCCAACUCGGAGGGACAGCCGGGCCCCAUGACGUACAACAGAACCCUGGCUGAUGGCGCCAACAUGUUUGCCCACGCCCUCAAGCCCCAUGGUGGUAUCAUUCUGUUCCGUGCCUUUGUCUACGACCACAGGUCCCUGAAUCAAACCCUCGACUGGAAGGCCGACCGCGCCAAUGCCGCCGGUGACUACUUCGACGGCCUCGAUGACAAGUUUGAAGACAACGUUGUCAUCCAGAUCAAGCACGGCCCCAUUGACUUCCAGGUUCGCGAGCCCGUGUCCCCGCUCUUCGCUCACUUGGUCGAGACCCCCUCCGCCAUCGAGCUGCAAGUCACGCAAGAGUACCUUGGCCAGCAGGCACACUUGGUAUACCUCGCCCCCAUGUGGAAGGAGAUCCUCGACUUUGACUUCCGCGUCGACGGCAAGCCCUCGCGCACCUCCGACAUCCUCAACGGCAAGCGCUUCAACCGCAAGCUAGGCGGCUACGCGGGUGUCGUUAACGUCGGCACCAACACGACCUGGCUCGGCAGCCACCUCGCCAUGUCCAACCUGUACGCCUACGGCCGUCUCGCCUGGGACCCGUCGGCCACCUCCGAGGGCAUGCUAGAGGAGUGGAUUAAGAUGACCUUCAGCGACGACAAAAAGGUGCUCGACGUCAUUACCAAGCUGUCCAUGCAGUCGUGGCCCGCGUACGAGGACUACACUGGCAACCUGGGCAUCCAGACGCUGUGCGACAUCCUCUUGGGCCACUACGGCCCUAACCCGGCCUCGCAGGACGGCAACCCCUGGGGUCAGUGGACGCGCGCGGACGCCGAUACUAUCGGCAUGGACCGCACGGUCUGGAACGGAACGGGCUUCGCGGGGCAAUACCCGGAGGAGAUCGCCGCGAUGUACGAAAACAUCGAGACCACGCCGGAUGACUUGCUCCUCUGGUUCCACCACGUGCCCUACACGCAGGUGCUCAAGUCGGGCAAGACGGUGAUCCAGCACUUCUACGACGCGCACUACGCGGGCAGCGCCGUGGCGCAGACCUUCCCGCAGCUGUGGGAGACGCUGCGGGGGCGGCCGGGCAUCGACGACGAGCGCUUCGACCACGUCAUGUACCGGCUCGUGUACCAGGCCGGCCACUCGCUGGUGUGGCGCGACAGCAUCAACACCUUCUACCACAACAAGUCGGGCAUCGCGGACGAGCAAGGGCGCGUCGGCAACCACCCGCACCGCAUCGAGGCCGAGGCCAUGAAGCUGGUCGGGUACGAGCCCUACGACGUGUCCCCCUUCGAGGCCGCCAGCGGCGCCCGCUGCGUCGUCGCCAAGGACAACUCGACCGCCGCCACCGCCAGCGUCAAGCUGCGCGACGUCGAGACCGGCACGUACGACGUCGCCGUCAACUACUACGACAUGGCCCUCGGCAACUCCACCUGGGAGCUGUACGUGGGCUGCGACCGCAUCGGCAAGUGGAAGGGCGACCAGGAGUACAUCCUCGGCCGCGCCCCCUCGCCGUACAUUGACGGCCAGACCGCCUCGCGCAUCACCUUCAAGGGCGUGCACAUCAAGAAGGGGAACACCCUCAAGAUUGUUGGCAAGCCGGAUGGACUCGAGCCGGCCCCGCUCGACUACGUGUCCAUUCUGCCCGAGGGGACUGUGGACUGAAAGCGGGAGGACGGUUGAGGGUGUUGAGACGAAGCUUCUAUUAAUUAGAUGUAAUUUAAUCCACAAUUGAACCAUCAUUACAACCAUUCGAGUUUAAGGGGUACAGGGGCG